CUCGCCGCCGCCGCUGCCCUCGCCUUGCCGAGCGCACCCGCCCGGGUACACGCACCCCGCCGCCGGGCGCCACCCCGCGCACUCCUCCCGCCGCUCCGCCGGGCAGAUGCGCCGCCGCGCGCCCCGCGCCCCGGGCCCGCCACAGAGCUCCGACGCGCACCGGGGGCUCCUCUCCCAGGCCCCCCUGGGUGCCCUCCGGCUAGGGCUCCCGCCCGCUCCUUGGAAUAACCCCUGAGGCUCCAGCCGUCGCCGCAAAGUUUCCCGAGGAGACCCGCCUCCCCGGCCGCUGCGCAGGUGAAGAAGCUGGGAGUGGGUGAGAAGGCCUCCCUCUUGACAGCUGUGCCCAGGGGCUGAAGCAGGAAUAACCCACCCUCCUGCCUCACCCAUUCCAGAAACUUCUCUACAAACAGAAGCAGCCAAGCAGACCAGCCCCUGCCCCCCAAAGUGGCUUCCCAAAGCGGGGCACGCAGGCCUGACAGCUCAGCAGUGCGAGGCGGGCAAUGUGGCUACAGCCUGUGGUGAACAUCGGAACUCUGCCGAGGGGGUAGCAGACCCACCCCCACAGAUGCGGCCUGAGCGGCAGGAAUACUGAUUCUUUGGAGAGUGGCUCCCUCUCAGCUCUGUCACGCAAGAGCGCUCUCUGCACUGAGCCAUUCUGCCAAGUGACUUAAAGGGAUUUUAAAAAGAAAAAAGAAAGAAAGAAAGAAACCCUGGUAAAGAAAAAGGGGGUAACAGCCCCACAGAGGCAUUUCAGAAGAGGUGCGGCCUGUGGACAAAGGACCAAAGUUACAAAGAGCUGCGGUGGAAGUGGUGGCCAGUGAAAGGCCACACUCCCCGGGGACUGACAUUGAGCUGUAGGGCAUGCCCUGCUCAGGAGUCCCCGGGGGUGCACACAGAACACAUACCCCUCACUCCAGAGAGCCAAGUCAGCAGUGCCCGUGGCCUAGGGUGCCAAAGAUGCCGCUUGGGGCCCGCAGCCACAUCUGAGGCCUAGCCACAGGAAGACUUCACGACCUCCUUACUCUCUGCGUGCCUCGUUGCUCCUGCUGCCCCAGAGCUGCAGGCUGUGGUUGAGUACCUCUGGGUCUGUUGGUGACAUGGGGCCAGGGAGGUGAGCGUGGCCUGGAAUUCUGAAGCAGUGACCCCAGUGGGACCCAGUGGCUCCGGGGAGCAGCAACAGAGGAGGUGUUGAGGCUCCAGGUUAGGUGGGUCAGGCCUCCACCCGCUGUCCACCAUGGUGGUGGCACACCCUACUGCCACCACUACCACCACACCCGCUGCCACCGUCACAGCCACUGUCGUGAUGACCACAGCCACCAUGGACCUGCGGGACUGGCUGUUUCUCUGCUAUGGCCUCAUUGCUUUCCUCACGGAGGUCAUCGACAGCACCACCUGCCCGUCAGUGUGCCGCUGCGACAAUGGUUUCAUCUACUGCAACGACAGGGGACUCACAUCCAUCCCCUCAGACAUCCCUGAUGAUGCCACCACCCUCUACCUACAGAACAACCAGAUCAACAACGCAGGCAUCCCUCAGGACCUCAAGACCAAGGUCAAAGUGCAGGUCAUCUACCUGUACGAGAAUGACCUGGACGAAUUCCCCGUCAACCUGCCCCGCUCCCUUCGAGAGCUACAUCUGCAGGAUAACAACGUGCGCACCAUUGCCAGGGACUCGUUGGCUCGCAUCCCGCUGCUGGAGAAGCUGCACCUGGAUGACAACUCCGUGUCCACCGUGAGCAUCGAGGAGGAUGCUUUCGCUGACAGCAAGCAGCUCAAGCUACUUUUCCUGAGCCGGAACCACCUGAGCAGCAUCCCAUCGGGGCUGCCACACACCCUGGAAGAGCUGCGGCUGGAUGACAACCGCAUCUCCACCAUCCCGCUACAUGCAUUCAAGGGUCUCAACAGCCUGCGGCGCCUGGUUCUGGAUGGCAACCUGCUGGCCAACCAGCGCAUCGCGGAUGACACCUUCAGCCGCCUGCAGAACCUCACAGAGCUGUCGCUAGUACGAAACUCGCUGGCUGCCCCGCCCCUCAACCUGCCCAGUGCCCACCUGCAGAAGCUCUACCUGCAGGACAACGCCAUCAGCCACAUCCCCUACAACACACUGGCCAAGAUGCGGGAGCUGGAGAGGUUGGACCUGUCCAAUAACAACCUCACCACACUGCCUCGAGGCCUGUUUGAUGACCUGGGGAACCUGGCACAGCUGCUCCUCAGGAACAACCCCUGGUUCUGUGGCUGUAACCUCAUGUGGCUGCGGGACUGGGUGAAGGCACGGGCUGCGGUGGUCAAUGUGCGGGGCCUCAUGUGCCAGGGCCCUGAGAAGGUCCGGGGCAUGGCCAUCAAAGACAUCACCAGCGAGAUGGACGAGUGCUUUGAGGCGGGAUCACAGGGCAAUGCGGCCAACGCUGCUGCCAAGACCACAGCCAGCAACCACGCCUCCGCCACCACGCCCCAGGGCUCUCUGUUUACCCUCAAGGCCAAGAGGCCAGGACUGCGCAUCCCCGACUCCAACAUUGACUACCCCAUGGCCACCGGUGAUGCUGCCAAGACAUUGGUCAUCCAGGUGAAGCCACUGACGGCAGACUCCAUCCGAAUCACAUGGAAGGCCAUGCUACCUGCCUCCUCUUUCCGGCUCAGUUGGCUGCGUCUGGGCCACAGCCCGGCUGUGGGCUCUAUCACAGAGACCCUGGUGCAGGGGGACAAGACCGAGUACCUGCUCACAGCCCUGGAGCCCAAGUCCACCUACAUUAUCUGCAUGGUCACCAUGGAGACUGGCAACACCUAUGUGGCUGAUGAGACACCUGUGUGUGCCAAGGCAGAGACGGCUGAUAGCUACGGCCCUACCACCACGCUCAAUCAGGAACAGAAUGCUGGCCCUAUGGCAGGCCUGCCCCUGGCUGGCAUUAUUGGUGGGGCCGUAGCUCUUGUCUUUCUCUUCCUGGUCCUGGGAGCCAUCUGCUGGUACGUGCACCGUGCUGGUGAGCUGUUGACCCGAGAGAGGGUCUACAACAGGGGUAACAGGAAAAAGGAUGACUACAUGGAGUCAGGGACCAAGAAGGAUAACUCCAUUCUGGAAAUCCGAGGCCCAGGACUGCAGAUGCUACCCAUCAACCCAUACCGCUCCAAAGAGGAGUACGUGGUGCACACCAUAUUCCCUUCCAAUGGCAGCAGCCUCUGCAAGGGCGCCCACACUAUUGGCUAUGGCACCACACGGGGCUACCGGGAUGGUGGCAUCCCUGAUGUGGACUACUCCUACACAUGAAGCUUGCCACUCCCAGUGUGCCCACACGGCUCUGUCUAGCCCGCUGCAAUACCAGGAGCCAGGAAGAGAAACUCCGCAGUGACUUUCCCAGCAGAGAGCAAAGUUUGGGGAGGGUUGGUGAACACAAUAGUAGGGUUAAAAUUUUUUUUUUAAACACAUAGAAGGCAAGAGGGAAAUUCAACAUUGUUGGAGACAUAAUUUAUACUGGAUCACGAGAGUUAGGACUAAUAAUCUAGCGGGAAGGGUUGGAUUGGGACUUUUUUUUUUUUCCUGAACCAGAUCGAUACUACCUGUACAACAUUUGUGUACACCUCGAACUCCAUCCAGGGCCAUCGGAAAGAAACAGAUGACCAAUAGACAUGAUGGCAUGGAGCCCCCCAGCAACCAUCGUGCUGCCUGCUCACGGUGACAGCUCAGUGAAAAGGCUUCGAGUUCCUCACAAAAGAGCCAGCGGAAGAAGACUUUUUGCUACGGAGAUACUGUCCUGAAAUCUCUUCCCUGGUUCUUUCCAUGCUUUUUCUUUCCAGAUCUGCAGAAAUAUGGCGUUCUCCGUGGUAUUCUCCGAACAAUACCAUAGUCAAUUAAAAAAACAAAAACAAAAACAAAAAACAGUCGAACUUUUCCUUCCAGUGCCGAGCGCUUCGGUUCCAGUCACCGAACUCCGCAGAAGCCCUGACGGAAGCCGUAGCUUUCCCUGCCACGUGGAGGCGCAUCUGUCUGCCCGCCUAUUGCCAUGUCACGUGUCUCAGUACAGAUGGGUAGAUAGAGCUGCGUGUCUGUCCUCUCCGCACUUCUUGGGUCAGUCCUUGACAUUUCCUCAGACAAUAGAAUUGCAAAAAUUUUGCUUUCUCCUAGAAAUCGUUGAGUAAGUAAGUAGACCAUGUGUGGGGUGAGAGUGAGGUGGAGGGGAGGGGCCUCAGCCAGGUGGUAGGAGGGGCCUCAGCCAGGUGGUAGGAGGGACCUCAGUCCAGGUGGUAGGAGGGACCUCAGUCCAGGUGGAGGGGAGGGGCCUCAGCCAGGUGGUAGGAGGGGCCUCAGCCAGGUGGUAGGAGGGGCCUCAGUCCAGGUGGAGGGGAGGGGCCUCAGCCAGGUGGUAGGAGGGGCCUCAGUCCAGGUGGAGGGGAGGGGGCCUCAGCCAGGUGGUAGGAGGGGCCUCAGUCCAGGUGGAGGGGAGGGGCCUCAGCCAGGUGGUAGGAGGGGCCUCAGCCCAGGUGGAGGGGAGGGGCCUCAGCCAGGUGGUAGGAGGGGCCUCAGCCCAGGUGGAGGGGAGGGGCCUCAGCCCAGGUGGAGGGGAGGAGCCUCAGUCCAGGUGGAGGGGAGGGCUUCAGUCCAGGUGGUAGGAGGGGCCUCAGCCAGGUGGUAGGAGGGGCCUCAGCCCAGGUGAAGGGUAUUGCUAUUUUUUAGAGGCGCUGGUAUCUGCAUCCCACUGGAGAGUUAGGGAAAAUCUGGCUGAUGGUUUGGAUUCCAUCCUGUCAACCUAGAGCCAGGCUACUCUCCUUUCUGAUAUGGAGAAAAAGCUUUCCUUGAUGACCAGUGAGUGCCCUCAUCUGUCCCUCCCCCAUAGAUCCCAUCUCCACGAUAGUGUUUAAGCUUUCUCCUGGGACAGGUAAUUAGUGCAGGGACUGUUUAUAAAUAUAUGUGUAACACACACACACACACACACACACACACACACACACACACUGGCUGGCUAGACCCAUUGGUUUCCAUGGCUGCUCAAACAAAGCCCAGAAAAAAGGGAAAAAAAAUUUUCAGAAAAUCCCUGGGAGACACACACACACACACACACACAAACAUGCACACAUGUACAAAAUCUCAACCAUGCCCACACCAGGGGCUCUGUUCUCAAAAGGGAAAAAUCAGAUUUCUUUGUAAAAAACAUCAACCUCCAAAAGGGUGCUGACCGGGGCCCUCAGAAGAGCUAAGAUUUUAUUCCCUCCCUGUGGAAUCAAUGUCGUUAUCAUUUAUCAACUGACACCACAGUGUGGUGAGCCAUGAGAUUAAAACGAUGAUAAAAUAAUGACAGCAAAUCCAGAAAGGAGGGAAGAGCGGUGCCUGCAGUUCUGAUGUCUGCUUCGUCCUGUACUGGGGAGCCCGGGUCACCAUCUGUCAACGGGUUCCUUUGCCCUGCACUGGGAAAAAAGUCAUCAAAGGAAGACACUGGUCUGAGGGCAGCCGCAUGAGAAGGGGUCCAGCUCCUGACUGUGUUUUCAAGAGACCUCUGCCACUCUAUCCAAAGCAAAGGCAGGAAGAAGCAGCCAGCCAGCUGCCCCAAGUGUACCUGGGGGGCCAUCCUCUUGCUGGACAUUAAAGAGCCAACUGGCCCUUCAGUGAAGAGAUGAAAUACAAAGAAAUGGACCAGCAGGUGCCCCAGAGUAGUGGACAUAGGAACAGGCUCCUGAUCAGAACCCAAGGGGUCAUCAUACCAAAUGGAGACCCCAGCCCACCAGCCCCAGGGAACGGCCAAGGGGUAUGGACAUGGAUCAUUGGAAAGGAGACCUUUCUUCCCUCUUCAUCCCAAGUCAUUUCCCCACAUAAUGAAGUCAAGAGAGAAAUGUUCCCGAGCCUCAGAUUCAGGUCUGUAUAAAUGUGCACCCUGGAGCCCAGCUGUCCCCAAUGACCCUAAUAGCACCCUAGUCCUGGUGGCUUAGGCAGGCUCAGAGGAGGCCCAUCUGUGAGGAACAGGUAUGUGAAGGAGAGUCCCAGAUGCCGAACAAGUCAUCAAGGCACUAUGCCAGCCUUCCCCGGGGUCCCAGGAAAGUAGAACCCCCAAGUCCCCACCCCUACCUUGCACCUGUAAUUUACCCUGUCCCUAGACUCACCCAUGUUCCCCUUUCUAUUCCCUGCCCCAGAAGGGUCUGGUCACUUUCUUUGGUGACCAGGAAAACUUUUGGAGCUGCCUGGAAGGCUGGAAGGCCCUACUUGGAGAUUCAGGAACUUGUGGGCCAAAUGCUAGAGCUGUGGUGAACUUCCUCCCCCAUCACUUAGAGCAAGCCUGACCCACACAGGAGGCUUGGCAGUCACAGGCAGAACGUCAAAACUUGAGGACCAAAUCCAUCUGCUCUAGUGGGGCUCACUGCACAUUACACCCAGCUGGAGAGCCCAGGGCUGGCACUGCCCCUAAGGAGCGCUAACACUGCCCAGCCAUGGCCCUGCAGCCCCUGAGAGCCCUUCCUGUGUCAUUUCUGCCGCUUCACGUGUUAACGUUUUCCCAGUACUCUUUAUUCUGUGUGGGUUGGGGAUGGGAGAAUACUGGAGAUUGAGUCCAGGACCUAGCCAUGCAAGGCAAGCACUCUACCACUCAGUACCCCACUCCCCAGCGUCCUUUCGGAAAGCCCCCAAGUGUGACCUUUGUCCCAUUCUCCAAAGGAGACAGAGAACCUGCCUUCUGGCCUCAUGUUACAGUAGAAGAGGUUGAGGGAAGCCAGGGUUGACCCUGGGAGGCCUAUGGGAUCCUGUCUCGGUGCCGCUGACAUUUCCACAGGGCAGUCUGUGGCGGGCCUGCCUGACCCUCACAGUCCCUAACCAACCAGAACAACCUCGGUGGCCUCAGCCCUGAGGAGUGUAUUCUGUGGCAUUUAAGCCAGUGACACUUCUUUGGUUAAGUGGUUUACCCUUCGUGGUAAUUAGAUGCAGCGAUUGGAAUCUCUUUUUCUAUUACAUGGCAAUUUUACUUUAAAUUUCCUCUUUAAAAAAAAAAUGGGGAAGAAAAGGCAAGGAAGGAGAGGCAGCAGGGCCACAGGCAUUUGCAUUUUGCGAAUGAAGUCUCUGGUAGGCUCAGCUCAGGCGUGGGGCCCAACGUAUGGAAUGCUUAAGAGAUUACUAAGAAUAAAAUCUAUUAAUUAGUCAUACUCAAUUCCACAGACAUGACAUGAAUCAAAAGCUCCCUUUCUUCCCUCAUCUGCAUCCUCUUCCUGAGGAAGCCUCCAUCUUCCCCGAAAGGCUGCCUCCUGGCCUGCCUCCUCCUUAACGUGGAGCCCUUCUGUGGCCCUGUGUGGGGGAUCCUGCCUUGGAUAGCAGGUGCUGGGACACUACCCCUUCCUCACCCUGGGCAAUGCUGACAGGGAGGUGACAGCCUCCGGGAAGACCACUGUGGUUAGGAGUCCAACCUUCCCUUCCUGGAGCCAGAAGCCCGUACCUGUCCCACGACACCAGCCUCUCCUUCCUUUCCCAGGCUUCCAGUCGGCCAGCCGCCCAGCUCAGCCCCAGCAAGGGAGCCAGGGGCCUGGUAUGCAAAUGUGAGGCUUCCGUCCCCCUCUUUAAAAUGAGGGUGACUGGGGCGAAGGCUUGCUCACGAAGGCCCUGUGAGAGCAACCCCUCCAUGCUGAGGAGUCUGGAAGAUUCUAAUGGCAAAGGCAGUGGGGGAGCCGCUGCUGGGUAGGAAGGGCCAGUGUGGACAACGGAAGGGGUGGGCAGUGUGUCUGGAAUGGUCUCCCAGCCUGAGCCUCCUCAUUCAUUGCCACUGGCAAGAGGAGUAAGGAACAAGCCAGAGCCACACUCAGGACCCUUCCCACCCAGCCCCCCACAAGUGGCAGUUCAAGUCCCAAAGCCAGCCUUCUUCAGACAUCUGCUUCCCGCUGAACACACCAGGGAGGGGCCCGGGCUUCAGAGCCUCUUGCUUAUGAAAAAUACAACAAGGAAAAUUGGAUGCAGCAGCUGGGGAGCUGUGCAGAGGCAGCAGGGAUAGGCUCCAGUGGGCAUGGUGGCCUGUGUCCCCCAAGGGCCAGAUGACAUGUCACAGCCAGGGUCAGGACUGCAGGCCUCCCGUGAGCCGCGUUCCGUACUCACACAGACAGUGGCGCAGGUGACAGCAGCUGAUGCCGAGGCUGGAUGGGUGCCAGGGUGAGCACUAACAAGCAAUUCACAGGCUUUCCAGAGAGCAGAGAGAGGAGGCUUUUUUUUUUGGUAAGGAGGAUAAAAAGGCUCAAAAAUGCAAAUCAUUACCGUUUACAACCAAGCGAGUCUGCUAAAUUGAUUAGAAGAGAUAAAACUCCUUGGAGGUGAAGGGAAAGGGGAUUUUUUUUUUUUUUUUUUUUUUUUUUUUUUUUUUUUUUGUGGGUUAUGAACCUGCCCCAAGUGGCCGCCCACACAGCAGGCAUUUUCCAGGCCUGGAUGGGAGGGAUAGCAGAUGUCCCUGCCCAGAUCCCUGAGGAGCUGGCAUCUCUAAGGAUUGCUGGAAUUGAAGAGCUCUGGUCAGGGCCUCAGGGACAGGAAGGGUCAUCCAGCAGCUGUGCCAAUCCCUGGGCAGACUGAUCCUGUCUUAUGGGAUCAGUGUGCCUUAAGAGAUGGCAAGUCACAUCAGGAUCAGAGGAAGCAGCCUGUGCCAUCAGGUAGAGAGUAAGACUCCAGAGCCGUGAGAUAUCCUGCAUCCUUAUGCUAGGGACCUGCUGCUCUCUGGGGCCAGAGAAAGAGUGAGGCCAGCUGUAAAGAGAAAACUGAAGGCCAGGAGAGGGAAACUUGGGCCCAGCAGAGGAAGAAGCAGUCAGUAAGCUCUCACUCCCAUGAAGCAUCCAAGCAUUAUCAGAGGAUGUGACAAACAGCUUUCCAGCCUGAGCUAAGGUCUAGGUCUUUGUCUAGAAGAUUCUGUUUCCCAUGCUUGCUUUAUCACAACCCCCAGAACAGGACAUACAAAGACAUCUUUCCCCAGUCUGCUCAGCAGGUAGGCGAGGGGGGCGCUGGUGGGGGGUGGGGGUGGGGGGUGCUGACAGGACACAUGCUGGGCUCAGUACUCCAAGCCCCAGGAUGUCCCUGGACUUGUUCCCUCAAGCCCAGCUGCCUCACACCCAGGAGUAACCCACAGUCUCAACACUGCCAGCCUGUCCAUCCAUCACAGCCGGCUGACGGUGCCUGGGGCUCUGUUCGAACACACACCAUUUUUUAGGCAUUUGCCCAUUCUUUUGAAGCAUUCCAACUAUUUGUAUGAAAUGUCCACAUUGGCAUCUUUAAAAACAACUGAUAAGAAGAGUCCCUUUGCUGUCUUCCUACCCUUCAGUUUUGUGUUUUCUUUUUCUCCACCUCACCCCUACCUCUUGAGUCUGGCACUAAACUUCUGAUCCUCCAAUGCUACCUCCUUUGAUUUUUUUUUUUUUUUGGAGACAGGUUGGCCUCAGACCCUCUGUGUAGCUGAGAAUGACCGUGGGUUUCCAAUCCUCCUGCCUCUACCUCUUUCAGAUUUUAAUGUAUGUUUUUUUCUCUGAUUUGGGGAAUUUCAUCAUCCUUGGGGGCACUCCCAUUUUCUCAUCAUAAUGGGGCUUGCAAGGUGUGCCACACAGGGGAAGGGCACCAGCACUCUUCAUGUCUCCCCUGACCUGUGUCCAGACAACUCUAGCCUGGGGCUGCUCCUGCUUCCGGAAGCCACCCUGGGUUCUCUGAAAUCACCAUCACAAGCCCUUGUUGCUGAAUUGUCCAGCUUGUGCCAGGAAAGAAAUGUGGAUAUGUGGUGGGCAGUGUGCCUGGUGGGUGGGUGGAUCAGCCUCCACUUCAUACAGCCCCACUCCCCAGACACUGCAGCCAUCACAGUUGAAUUAUCAGCAGUUUGGUUCCCCUACCCACCCACCUGGGGUCACUGAGGGGACCAGCAGGGGACCUCUUACCACCCUCCCUUCCCCCCUGCUAUCUGUUCAGUCACGGGGAAGGCCUGAGGGUUGGCAGUGAAGGGCCACUUUCUGUCCUCCACCUGGCUGGUGGCCUGUCCAGUGACCUGGUGAGGAGAGGGGCUCACCUGGGCAACUCCUCCCAGAAGCGUCCCACCCUGCUUUGCUUCAGGACUGGUGUGUCUCCAGCAGACGGACGGGAAAUGAAGAUUCAAAGAGGUCUGGCAGCAACCACAGCCUGAAAGGGUGACUCAGUUUCCCUUCUCCAAAAUUUGCAUCAAGUGGGUGAGGAGGAUUGGCAGAAAACUAGAGACCUGAGGGAGUGGUACAAGAAACAAGAGCCAAAGCAACAGCCUGCCUGGCCUGCCACCCCUGCAGAGAGUCCCCGCAUCCCAGCCACCCGCUUGGAGGAGCUAAUCAGACUUUCUCUUCAAGACAGAAAAACAAGCACGACCUGAACCACAAUCAGAGCCGCAGCAGGCCCCAGGCUGCCACUGCUCACUCUCCCUGCCUGGGAUGGGAGGCAGGGUAGCGAGCGGGCCCUCCACGCCUACCCCUCCUGUACCAGUUCCAUCCCUGAAGGUUGUGGGUACAAAGUAGGGAAGCCCUACACACCAAACCCCAAAGUAGCCUUAGGUAUUUUCCCCCAGCCCAGCGUGACCACCUGAGAACGGCCUCAACCAAGAAGCCACUUGGGCAUCCAGGGUACAGUGUGAGAAUGAGGUCCUGGUGUCUUCCAGCCCCUCCAGAGAGGCUGGUGGGAAGGAAACCCCCAUCCACCGCUGGAGCCUUGUCAUCAGAGAGAAAAAGGAAGAUGCGGCACUGGAGGCUGCAGGGCAACCAAUCAGGCUGUGGAGACCUGCGCUUGUGCUGGCUAGGGACACCAGCAGGUAUGAGCAGGGAUGUCAAAGGCACAGGCCACCCCAAAGGACCCCCGUUCCUGUGUCAGGGCUGCAGGGUGGAGGUUUUGGCAGAACCAUCUUCCCAGUGGCAUCCUGGUGAGCAAAGAGUGCUUAUUGGUAUUGCCACGUAAACUAGAACAGAUGUUGGAAAGUAUAACCGGUCCCCGGUUCUGAGGGCCCAUGGCCAGCCUCUGGGGAAUAGAUGGGCUCUUUGCUAAAGAAGGUGGGAGGCCUGCCCAUCCCAUUGCAGUGAGGCGGGCCUUGAACCACCGAUUUCCCAAGCCCAUGCCUGCCCCAGCUACAGACUCAGCACCGCUGCUCGCUGCUCGCUCCUCUCUGCUUUCUUUUUCUCUGAAGGGCAAAGCAGUCUCAGGGGUCUGAGUGACAGGAAUGCCCCUCCUGCGGUGGCUGCAGUCUGGGAACUGGCAGGCAGAUGAGGCCCUGCUCCCUGGGAGGCCUGGCUAUGCCCAGCCUCAUGGCCCACCUGCUUCACUCCGACUACCACCAGACAGGUUUUUCAGAACACAGCGACGCAAACCCCCCACCACGACAACAACACAAACCAAAGUGCACUCGGAACCGCCCUUUGGCCUCCUUCAAUGUAGGUGCCUUGAAACUUCAAUGUUGAGAUGAAUGUGACUAACUACUUGGUCCUAUUUUCUGUUUGUCUGUUUCAUAUAAAAUGUCCAAGUCCACUUGCCUUGUCCUUUCUUGAAAUAAAUAGAAAAAUUUAACUUUUA